GGAGUAAUCAAAAAAACCCUUCCAUUUUCCAAUUCAUUUCUAUCCCCAUAUUCCACUACCAAAUUGAAAUUCAAUGCAAGAAACCGUCCUACUCCUAAUUCAAUGCCGUCUUUGGGCUCGGCGGCUCCCAAUUCCAAACAUCGAAGCAAAACAUAGCCAUUUAGUCCAUCCGUGCCGUCGUUGCUGAUCGUUCAACUCCCUACGUCGAUGAUUCUACUACCACAAAUGGCUGAAGACAGCAAUACACAUAGAAUUCUUCUUCAUUAUAAUAUUUUCAUUCUUGAAAGCUAAUGUUCUUGCACUAGGAGAGGAAGAGAGGAGAGAGAAAUGAAAGUUGAAAUAUAUACGUAGUGCUGCCUGCUCGUGCUGCCCCGCCAUUCUAUUGUAUUGCUACUUGCUUCCAGUCCUCCAUUGUUGUUCGCCAGAACGUUAAGGUUAAUAUAGCGUUCUGAUUUUAAUUUCCGUCCGAUGGCUCCAGUUAAUUUAUGAUUUUAGCGAAUUUGUGAUUUGUGAAUAUGUCAUUUGUAAAUUGUAAAUUUGUUGAUGGAUAAUUAAUUUGUAAUUUGUGUUUGUGAAUUGUGAUUCGUGAGAUUUAGUUGGGGACUACAUCAACAAUUCAAAAUAGAUACAACAUUACUAAUGAGAUUGUAAUUUAUGAAACCGUUAAACUUAGUAACUUAAAUCAUUAUUGAUAGAAUGAUUACUUUUUACUUGAAUUGAUUCUUUUCAUUGCAUGUUUGUAUUAGUUAUGGAAAAGUUCUUUAAACGUAAAUCUGUGUUUCCUUGCAAUGACUAAAAUGUUAAUGAAAGAAAUGUUCGAGUUAAAAUGGAAGGACAUGAUGUUGGAGAUAAAAAAGAUGACGAACUUGGGGAUGAAAUGAAUGAAAUUGGUGGAACUAAUCUUGGAGAUGUUCCAAUUGAAACAAAUAUCAGGGAUGUUGGGGAUGAAAGGCUUGAAUUUGAUGUUGUACAGCUUUCUUCAGAUCCUGGAUUGAGGGUUCCAAUACAAAAUUAUGAUGCAAAUGUUCGAGAUGUAAUUCGAAGAGCAUAUGUGCAAAGGGGUCCAUGUCAGCCUCGCAGUCAUGAAUUUUCAUCCAAAAAAAUGGCUAAUAAAGAUAGGCGAUUUUGUGUUUCUUGGUAUAACGAGUAUCCUAGUUGGUUGGAAUACAGUAUAGCAAAAUAUGCUGUAUUUUGCUUAUACUGCUAUCUUUUUAGCUCAAGUGGUGGGUCAUUUGUUAAUGGUGGGUUCUCAAAUUGGAAAAGAAAAGAUAUUAUUAUAAAAUGCAUUGGGGUACCAAGUAGUGCACACAAUCAGGCUCGGGUUCAAUAUGAAUCAUUCAAGAAUCAAGGACAAAGUAUUCAAUCGUGUUUCUUCAAGCAAUCACAUCAAGCUCGAACAGAGUAUCAAAUUCGUUUGAAUGCAUCAAUUGAUUAUGUUCGGUUUCUUCUACGACAAGGAAUGGCCUUUCGUGGACAUGAUGAAUAUGAAGAUUCAAACAAUCAAGAAAACUUUCUUGGACUAUUACAUUGGUUAUGUGAUCAUAAUGCUAAGGUUGAGGCUGUUACUUUGACGAAUGCACCUGAAAAUCACAAAUUGACAUCACCACGAGUUCCAAAAAAUAUUGUGAGUGCUAUUGUUUUUGCAACUCUUAAUGUGAUUAUCAAAGAUAUGGGGGAUAGCUUGUUCUCCGCGCCUAGCUUAAGUAUAUAUAAUUUGAGAGGUUAAAGAUAUGAUGGAGCGAGUAAUAUAUUAGGUGAGUAAUAGUCUCAAAUCACUUAUUUUGAAAGAAAACUCAAGUGUUUACUACAUUCAUUGCUUUGCUCAUCAACUUCAACUAGCACUUGUAGCUGUGGCAUAAAAACAUUCAAAAAUUGAAGCUUUCUUCACUUUAGUACACAGAUUGGUAAUAUUGUUGGAGGAUCAGCUAAGCAUAGUGAUCUUAUUCGAGAGAAACAAAGACUCAAAAUUUUUGAAGCACUUAGUGUCGAUGAAAUAUCAAACGGACGAGGUCUCAACCAAAAAACUACUCUAAGCGUUCUGGUGAUACUCGUUGGGGCUCUCAUUACUGCUGUUUGAUUAACUUGAUUCUCAUGUUUUCAGCCAUCGUUGAUGUUGCUAAGGUGAUUGCUACUGAUACUACAAGUUUUGAGACGAGAGGUUAUACAAAUAUUUUAUUGGAAACAAUGUUAAAAUUCGAAUUUACAUUUAAUCUACAUCUCAUGAAAAAGAUCUUGAGAAUUUCAAAUGAAUUGUUGAAAGCAUUACAAAGGAAAGAUCAAGAUAUUGUCAAUACUAUGAAAUUGACGAAAUUAUGUAAAGUACAUAUGCAAACCAAGAGGGAUGAUGGAUAUGAUUAUUUUUUUGGAAUGAUUUGUUCAUUUUGAAAAGCUCAUGAGAUCUAUAUUCCAAAUUAGAUGAUAUGUUCAUAACUGUAGGUCGUUCACGACGUGCUACAAUGACAAAUUUGA